AUGGAAUACCAGAACAAACAAGAAACUACUGAUUCUAGUAUUAGAAACUGGCCAAUCAAGACUAAUGUAAGAAAUUCUGGUGAUUAUGAAAAUGAGAAUUAUUCUCCGGCAUUUACACAGCCAGAUUUUACUAUAAAAGGUGGUCCUAGUAUUCGUCAAUAUUUAGUAUUAAACGACAAACGACAUAUUUUAACAAGAGACACAGAUGACUGUGUUGCAUUGUGGGAUGUCUUGACUGCCAGAAAAGUAGAAGAUCAAGGUAAUGUAGAUUUUGAUCUGGAAAUCAAGAAACAAUUCAAAAUGGUUUUCGUUCCAAACUGGUUCUCUGUUGAUCUAAAAACUGGGUUGUUAACAAUACAUCUAGAGGAAUCUGAUUGUUUUGCUGCAUGGAUGUCUAUUAGAGAAUUAGGUUUACCUAGUCCAGCUGACGCACCAGAAACUAAAAUUAAUAUAGGAUCAGCGUUACUACAAGCUUUAUUAGAACAUUGGCCUAAAGCUCAAUUAGAAGAUAUACCAGAUGGUAGUAAUGGUACAGAGAAAGGUAGUACAUCAUAUUUUACAGUACCUGGCCACACACCUGUUAUAUUCAGUGAAGUUGGUGGUCGAACAUUAUUUCGUUUAUUAUGUCGAGAUGCCAGUGGUGAUACAGAACAAAUGUUAUUAAAUGAAACAGUGCCAUCAUGGGUAGUUGAAGUUGUUGUAAAUAGAAAUAUGCCAAAGUUUAAUAAAAUCCCAUUUUUCCUUCAACCUCAUCCAAUUACAGGGAUUAAACCUAUAAAAAAAGAUCGACUAUCAGCUAGUGAUAUGAUACAGGUUAGAAAGGUCAUAGAACAUGUGUAUGAAAAGGUUCUGGGUCAAGGGUCAGAUUCAGGGUCACAAACAGCCAAUAGUAAUGGUCAAGACAAAGAUGAAGAUCUUACAACAGUUGCUGAAGAGAGGGUAGAAUUGUUUUGUAAUGACCAAAUCUUGGAUCCCAACAUGGACUUACGAACUGUGAAACAUUUUAUUUGGAAACAGUCAGGGGACUUAACUCUACAUUAUCGUCCACUAGCAAAGAAAGACUAUCAUAGUUACGUGAAUAUUCCUCACUAAUACUAAUGGAUGAAACUUGAAUAUAUAAACUAAAUCAAAUUUUCCCUUUUCAAAAUAAAAUCAUGCACUGGCAUAAUAUUUUCAGGGGUGCACAAACAUAUUUUCCCAGGGAGUUUGUGCGCCAUUAAAAAAAUCAGCCCACUUAACAUUAGGAAAUCAGUUAUUACCCCGAAGAUGGGUCGAAAUGUAGUUAUCAUUAUGUGUGGUUUAAUGGUCAAGAGUGUGACAUCAAGUAAUAUAAUGAAACAACACGAUGUCUUAAGCUUGAGACCAUUAAACAACUUAAAAUACAGACACUAGCACGUGCUGUGCAAUGCAAUAAACAAAGUACGUCACACGGGUCCAAAAUUGUAACUAGUAUAAAUAAUGUAUGCUUGGCACAUUGCCAGUACCAUUAUUUGAAAUAAUGGUAUGCAACAUCAAAGGAUGACGUCACAUCUGUAUUUUAAGUAAUUUUAAAAUGACUCAGUUGAAUAUUUAUUUGUAGGCCUCAUUUUGGUUUGAUUGAAUAUGUAAGAAACUCUGGCAAACCGUCUGAUUUUCAAAAAAAAACCCGACCCAUUUGCCUAUCUGGACUCAGCUCAUGGGGGGUGCCAUGUUGUGCGCCCCUGAAUAUUUAAAGGGACUAUCCCGAUUUGAACAGAGUCUCAAAAAUAAGUCUGAGUUCGUAAGAAAUUUAAGCGCCAAAAUAUAGAGGAUUGGUGUAUUUACCCUGCCUCAAAAUUUCUGCUCAAAAUAUUGAGUUGUUUGGACGGGAACGUAAAAACUGCUUAUUGAAUUAGUUGAUCGGCCCUUAGGUACGGGAUAUUAAGGAGUUUUAACACAAAAUUAAGCAGUUUUAUUCUCCAAAAUAUUAUCGGGAUUGGCCCUUUAACCCAUUAGCACCAGGUAUUUGUAAAUAUUGACUACCCCAUUUUCUUUUAAAGAAACAUGACCCCUUUUGCAUUUUCGGAUUAGAUGGAAACUUCUGGUAGUAUUACCUAGACUGCUUUAGCCUGCCAGAAUCAUAGAACUAGUGUAUGGAGGUUUUAGAGGAAGCAGAAGUUUCAAGUGGUCCAGGUGUUAAACAUCCUCUUUAUCCCCAGUGGUAUCGUUCCUUUCUACUCCACUAAUCCCUGGAUCCAUUCCAGGGGCUGAGUGAGAGGGGUGCAAUGAUGAGCUUUGCAUCAUGGUUUUGAGUUUUUGCACACCCUCGAGUUUUUGCACACCCUCGUAAAUGGUAAAAAAAUCAUGCGGUUUCAAUGUGGUUUUCAACAUUGUAAUCAUAAUGCUCAACCAGUGUCAAACAUAUACCAUGGGUCAGAUAUGCUACAAAUCAACUCUAGCAUGUUCCACACAACCCAAUAUUACUCGGCGUUACUGUGAGGAAUCGACUCCCCCCUCCCCGGCAUAUACAUAUAAAUAUUUCACCACACCCCUGGUUCAUUUGCGGGGGGGGGGGGGGACACGUAGUCAAUAUAUUGUCCUCCGAGAAGAACAAGUCUCUAACUCACGAGGAGUUGUCUGCCCGGCAAUAUUAACCAGUUUUCAAUACUGAAAUAUUUCUGGGAUUUCUCCUUUAAAGGAGCUAAAUCGCUAACAUUUGGGAUCUAGAAAUUGGGUCGCAACGCAUAUAAUACUGUAAUAUGAAUGUAUAUAAACUGAUUUACAUUCAAUGGUUUCCGUUUUUACUCCAAUUUCAAAUCAGUUAUUUUUGGCGAAAUAAGCCAGCAGUCUCAAGCGAGUGCAAAUUUCUAGCGUCUGGUUAUUCCAGUCUACAUACGCCGUUUGAUUUGGUGCAAUGUGUCUAGCCUCGUCCCUCGAGUCUCUUGAUACAACUGGGGCUGAAGCGCAUUAUGGUACACGAUUCGUGUAGCAAUGGUAAAAUGAUUAUUUUGUCUUAAAUAUUGGAUAUCAAAAGCCCAUCUUUUUUCCGGUAAGAUCACAACAUGAAUGUUGAUUUAAUUUGACAAAUAAAUCAUGUUUUCAAUGUUGAAGAUUUUGGAUGAUAUUGAGUUAGAGACUUAGCUCCUUUAAAUAAAAUUAUAAAAUGAUAAAAGAUAAGUUUUAUUUUUGAUAUGUGUAGUGAGCAGUGAUGGGAUUUCAAAAUCUUAGUUGUCGGACAUUUUACCGAAAAUAAAGGGGCGUAACCAUUAUCAUUAUUUAAGUAGACAAGUUCAUACCACAAUUAAAAAUCGCAUGUUGACAAGAUAUUCAAAUCCAGUACGUAUUAUUCAAAUCCAGUAUGUAUUAAAAAUAGGUGAACCUCGCUAUUUUUCAUAUUUAAUUCCCGUACAAUAUGUAUGAUAAUACUACAGUGCUAAUAUUUAUACUUUUUAUGUUUUAUUCUUCAUGUCACCUCAUCAUUGUAGUUACACGGUUAGAUUUAUUUCAUAAGGCCAACUUCAAGUUUGGUCAAGGGUCACGAGAUGUAAACAGGGCUAGCACUAAUCUCAAUCCUAACCCUAACCCUGGAUCUAGCCCUAACAGUUACCCUCUAACUCUACAAUCUCCCCAACAAUCACAUGCCCUAACCUUAUUUAUAUCUCAGCGGCCUUGACGAAAUCUUGAGUUGGCCUUAACAAAUAGAUCUAGCUGUAGUUAGACCUAUUUAUAUUUAUCAUCAGCACGUAGUAGGUCAGUUUUUUUGCUGAGAAAGUACACUUUUUAUAGAAAUUCUUCAUUGUGCUGCAAUACUUGAGCAAUAAGUGCACUGAACUAGAAUGUCACGGGUUUGAAUUCCAUCAUGGUCCGAGAAAAACCUGUGUAGUUGUUCAGGUUGAUAGGAUCGGUGACUUCGUGAACAGGAUGCUCUCUUGAUCCCUGCUUUGGUGGAGAAAGUGGUUCCCUCUUGUCAGUGGUGUAGCAUGGAGAGUAUGGCAAGGCACUUUGUAUAGUCAUUCAGUAGGACAAAAAAAAAACCGAAAUCCUGUGUACACAUUGGAGUGCACAUAAAAGAACCCUUGACAGUUGGCCAUACCGACAUUGUGCAGGCAAAAUACCUUGGUGCAGAAAAGUAGGAUGUUAAAUCCCAUUUCAUUUCAUUUUUGUGCUAUUUAAUUCAUUCACUAUUGAAAUCAAUAUGUCAGAUUUGAUUUAAUUAAUUUCUGGUUUAUGUGUGUUUCUUCCAAAUUAAUAUUCACUUAAAAUAUUUAUUUUUAAUAGGGAAAACCCCAUAAAAAUGUAUUUUAUACAAUGAUGGAUAAAUAUUGUAAUUGCAUACAAUGGACUCUGUAUAUUGUAUACAGUGCUGAAUGGCCGCCAUAUUCAGAAAUUAAUAUACUAUUUCGUAAUAUUUCUUGUAUACUAUAGUUUUUAAGAUGUCUUUUUCAUUGACAAAUACUUUAUAGGUAAGAGCUAGUCAGAUAGAAGUUUCAAGUCUUAUUGCAUAGAAAGAUAAAUCACUAACCAAAAAAUGCUUCAAUCCCGUUUGGUAUAUUUACAAAGAUAUGUUGAAUUGAAAUUUUAACGGUCUAUACUGCUCGCUAUGUAAUAAGCCUGCAGCCAUUUUGUUGUGGGCGAACAGAAUUGAUAGGCUGGUUUCAAAUUCAAUUUAAUCCAAGCCAGGAGGUGAGAAAUUUGAUAUUGUAGCAAAAAGUGCAAAGGACACAUCAUUCCAAGAUUCAUGGCCCUGGAUCACUAGAAAUGUAUUUGAAGCAUUUUGAUUUUAUUCAUAAUAACACAACUUUAUGAAUUUACUACUUCUUGCUUUAUUAAUUGCAACGUUGAUAAAGAUACCUGUAAGAAUAUUGAAACGUUGCAUGUAAUAAACCAAGAAGUAGUAAAUCCAUAAAGUUGUGUUAUUGUGAAUAUUAUACCUCUACUUCUAAAUGUCAUUCAAGGAUAUUAGCAUUUUGAUUUGUUGAUUGACCUCAUAUUUAUUGCAUAGAUUGCAAGUUUCUCAGUUGGUACCACACUGAUGUACGAUUUAGCCUGCCAGCAGUAAUCAUUAUGUUAAUGUGAACUCUAUAAUAAUAUCGUCAUUUAUAGACUAUAAGAAGUCUAGGGUGGCUCAGUAAUUUAUAGACUAUAGGAAGUCUAGGGUGGCUCAGUAAUUUAUAGGCUAUAGGAUGCCUCAGUAAUUUAUAGACUAUAGGAAGCCUAAGGUGGCUCAGUAAUUUUGAAACAGCAUCCCUGUAAUAUUUAUAAGCACAUGGUCUUUUUGCCUAUCAAGUUACUGGUAUAUUAUCUUAUGAUUUUACAUCAAUCUGAUUAAAAUCCAGAUCUAUAUUUUUUUUUUUUUAUACUUUUGAUGGCCUACACUACAUAAAGAUCUGACAAGUUGUAUUGGGAGGUCAUGUUAGGUGUCGUACGUGCGGCUUUUGACCCCAUGAUGUCAGACAUCGAUUAAUCAAUCAGCGUUGACGUUUGUUGUGGUUUACCCACAGUUUUGUGCAUGGCACACCAAGAAGUCGCCGUAACAGACCGUUUCAUUGGCUAAUCCCUCACCUCAUCCAGAACACGUCAAUGAUAAAAACUCUUUCAGAUCCUAGUGUAGUAAAGACAAGUAAAAUGAAAUUUGGAACUAUAAAAAACCAAACGAAAUAGGAUCUUUGUUUUAAUCAGAAUGAUUUUACCUAUAAUAUAUUGAUUUACUUCAUUCUCAUUUAGUAAUUGAACUGGAAUAUACAGGUCACAUUUCUAUGGAAUAUAAUUACUGCUUAUAACUGAACAAUGUUUCAACUAGUCUUCUCUAGUCAUUUAUCAAGUAAUUACGUCACUCAGAAGCAGUAAUUGUAUCGGCCGCUUGUCCAGAGGGGGUGGGGGCAGUUAUUAUCAAGCAAUUACGUUGCUCAGGCGCUUGUCCGAGGGUAUCCAGACCCCCUUCCAUUGCUGGAACAGAGAAUAUUUUUUCUCUCCUAUAUUCAUGGAAAUAACGGCGUUUUGGCUCCCUCCACUGUAAUCUUAUACAUGUAUCAACCUAAAUGGGCAGAAAUAUUGUCUCAGAGCUUCUAAUUUUAUCAAAUUCAUGGGUAGUGCCUCCCAACCUUACGCCAUAUUGGACAUUCUCCCACCUUGGACCCCCACCCCGCUGCUCAAAUUUCUGGAUAUGCCCCGGUUUAUUCCAUAGAAUUGUGACCUAUGUAUAAUAUUUUGGCUGAAGAAGUUUAUUCCAUAUCCCAGUUUCAAUUAUGAACCAUGAUCAUCAUAUUGUAUACAUAAGCACAUGUUGUGUUAUCCCUAUCAAGUUGUCUUGUGAUUUUAUAUAUACUGUGUAUAAUAUAUAUACUGUGUAUAAUAUAUAUGUAUAUGUGAUGUAAAUAAACAAUAAGUGUUAUAUAUAGCUAUAUUAUAUAGGUAAUCAUGUCACUGGCAGAAACAGGUGCCUUUCCCCCCUCAAUAGAGAGCGAGAGAGAGAACUGGGGUUCAAUGACCACUUGAUACAAAUCAGGUCAUUUCAAUUUUAUUUCAAUAAUUUGUUUGCGCUGAGGGGUCUUUAGCAGUGAGAGGACCCGGAGAAAACCCAUGAGGUACAAUCGAAGAAUCCCCCCCCCCCCCCAUCCCUAAAUAACAGGUUAAAAAUUGUUUAAAUUUGAGCGGUUUGUUCAUUCACUAUACUGCAGUAUUAUUAGUUACUUUAGGAACGGUCUCUGAUAAACGCUGUCCUCGGAUUGUUCCUGUUCAUCCUUAUUGAGAUGCAAUAUGAAAAUACCACUUUUCCCCACCUCAGUUCUAUGUUUCACUGUAUUUUUUUUUUCUCCAAAAGGAAUCAUUUCUUGCCACAUCUAACACAGAAUUUAUAAUAAUUUUCAAGAAAUUUUUUUUCUUAGAACAGAGGAAGGGGGGUAGAGCAGUAUUUUCAUAUUGCAGCUGAAUAGGGAUGAACAGGAAUGGUCAGAGGACAUUGGUUGAUCAGAGACUGUUUGUAAAGAAACUACAGUAUUGUUGUUGCUGAUAAAAUUAAACGUUGUAUUUGGGUCCAGAUAUGUGCAGCAAAUAAAUCACCAUUGACAACCUGAUUUUUCAAAAUUUUCUCUGGAGGAAUACCUGUAAGCCCCCUCCACCUGUGUCCGCCCUUUUCCUGCUUCUGCCACUUGAUGCACCAUGUAUUUACCUUAUUUAUGUAUAUAAUUGUCAGUUACCAUGGUAAUAUCAACAUUGAAUAAAUUCACUGUUAACCCUUA